CCAAACGAGAAGAGCUAACGAGAAGAGCUGGAACGUUCUUCCAGUUCAGGUCUCUUUUUGGGAAUGAUCUGAUCUGAUCGGAUAUAUGGAGAUGGAGGCAAGCUGCCAGUCGCCAUCAUUAUCUUCGCUGCUCCCACUCAAAAGCUCUUCACCACUUUUUUUUCUUUGGUCUCUUUUGGUGGCAGAGCGAGCUCUGGGUUCUUCGCCACGAGUACCAUCUAUAUAAUCGUGUCCUCUGGUAGUUCUUGAACUGUUGAUCUGAAAGAAGAUGGAUUUAAACUUCAUUUCUCCUCUUUGAUCUGGACGUCGCUUCUAGUGUAAAUGACGGAACCCUACUUCCCGCUCCGGUGGGAGAGCACGGGCGACCAGUGGUGGUACGCCUCUCCGAUCGAUUGGGCAGCAGCCAAUGGUCACUACGACCUCGUCCGGCAGCUGCUUAACCUCGACGCCAAUCUCCUCAUCAAGCUCUCGUCGCUUCGCCGCAUCCGGCGGCUCGAGACGGUGUGGGACGACGACGCGCAGUUCGCCGACGUGGCCAAAAACCGAUCUUUCGUGGCUCGGAAUCUCUUUCAUGAGUGCGACAGGAAGAACAAGAAGAACUCACUGGUCCGGGCCGGGUACGGCGGGUGGCUACUCUACACGGCGGCCUCUGCUGGCGACGUGAGCUUUGUGAGGGAGCUGCUUGAGAGAGACCCCUUGGUGGUGUUUGGUGAAGGAGAGUAUGGUGUCACUGAUAUCUUUUAUGCUGCAGCGAGGAGCAAGAAUUCAGAGGUUUGUAGGCUGCUGUUUGAUUUUGCAGUGUCACCUAAAUCUUCCAUUGGCGGCGGCGGCGACACUGGUGGUGGUGGUGGUGGUGGAGGAUUUGAUUCUGGCUUUAGGUGGGAGAUGGUGAACAGGGCUCUGCAUUCUGCUGCCAGAGGAGGAAACUUGGAGUUCUUGAAGGAACUUCUUGCCGAUUGCUCAGAUGUAUUGGCUUACAGAGAUACUCAAGGAUCGACCAUCUUGCACUCUGCUGCCGGAAGAGGACAGGUCGAGGUAGUCCAGGAUCUACUUGUAUGUUUUGAUGUGAUUGACUCUAGAGAUAGCCGAGGAAACACAGCCUUGCAUGUGGCGGCUUUUCGAGGAUACUUAUCAGUUGUAGAAGCCAUAAUUAUGGUUUCUCCAUCGUCCUCCCUUUUAACAAACAAUGCCGGCGAUACUUUCCUUCAUAUGGCAGUGGCGGGCUUCUGCACUCCUGGUUUCAAAAGACUUGAUCGGCAAAUGAAUCUCAUGAAGCAGUUGGUUGAUGGAACCAUUGUAAAUAUCGAUAAGAUCAUCAAUGAGAGGAACAAUGAUGGAAGGACUGUCCUCCAUAUGGCUGUCAUUAGCAAUGUGCAUACAGACCUAGUUGAACUUCUGAUGAAGAUUCGAUCUAUCAACCUUAAUAUUCGAGAUAAUGAUGGUGUUACACCCUUGGACAUAGUCAGGCAGCACCCGCGAUCAGCAUCUUCUGAGAUGCUUAUCAAACAAUUGAUUUCUGCUGGCGGAAUUGCCAAGUCGAAGGACUACAGGGCAAGGUCAGCCAUUGCUUCCCACAUAAAAAUGCAAUGCGCUGGAAGCAGUCCAGGUACUUCGUUUAGGGUUUCGGAUGCUGAAAUAUUCUUAUACACGGGGAUCGAAGCUUCCGAGGCUAGCGGAAGGCUGAGCUCAUGUUCCACUGCUAGUAAGAGUGAGGCCACCCACAUCAGUGCCUUGGACGAAAGCCAUGGGUUUUACGAUAAGAAGAAACAAAAUCCUAUUAGUAAUGCAGCAAGGCAUCUCAAGAUUCUACUCAGGUGGCCUCGUCGGAAGGAGAAGACAUCUGAGACACCAAAUAAGUUUGGAGAUGAUGAAUCAUUGGAAUCUUUCAAGAAAUUGGUUGGCAAAGAAGAUGCUCUAACUCCCCUCCGACAACGCUUCUCGGUGACGGCACCAGGUAUCAUUAAGCAGCGAACACUUUCUGUCAGAAGUGCUGCUCCAACGCCAAGUUCCACAACUAAAAAGAAACUAUCAGCGAGUCUAAUGCGAGGAGUGUUUCAAACCAUGCCUCAUCUAGCUCCGGCUGUGCAUACUGAUCCAGGCUCAUUUUCACGAUCAUCAUUAUCAUCUACAACAGAGAAAGACAAAGGAGUAUGUUUGGGAAGUGAAAAUGAUAGAGCCUCCUGUUCAAGUUCUGCAAUAAAUUGCAGUGCAACGGCAGAUUCUGUGACACCGAGAGCUAGUCUUGUAAAUAUUCGCUUGAUGAACCAGUACUUCUGCCUCGGUGCACAAGAUUUGGCAACGGAUGAAUCUGGCAAAGAACAGCAAUCUAAUCAAGAACCCAAGCCCUCACUUAUACCAGUGGUUUGAUUUUACUUCAACAGCAAGCCUGAGCAACAAGACCCUUAGGACAUAGCAUAUAGAUAGACUUAUGUAGUGUGCAGCUAGGUUGAUAUUCCUCUGCAGUGUGUUUCAAGUUUGCAAGUGUAUUUAUUGUGUUGCUGAUGAUAGUUGAGUUGAUGUAGCCCACCUAUCUCCAGAAUAUUUUUAACAAAAGAAACUUCAGCAAACCAAAUUAUCCA